AUUUACUCAGUUCUAUGGUUUAGUGCUUUGUUCAUUAAACUGUAAACCUUGAACACACAGCAGUGUGAAAUCAAUCCAAUGUUUGACAAUUUAAUGGAUGAUUAUUCUAGCUUAGCUGAUGGGCAUUGUGUUUGUAAUGCUGUGAAAAAUAUGGAAAUUGAUAGUUUCAUAUAUUUUAUUUUGGAACUGUUCACUCAUCAACAUCUGUACUUUUGUUUACAUCCGAAUGACCUUGACAUUCAUUUUAAAUUUUAAAAAUGGCUACCGGAAGUGCUGAAGAGAUUUCAAAAUCCGAAGAAAAUGAUGAAAUUACCACGUUUAAGUCCUUGGGUGUGGUAGAUGUGCUAUGUGAAGCAUGUGAAUUACUCAAGUGGAAAACCCCCAGCAAAAUACAAAAAGAAGCUAUACCAGUAUCUCUUGAAGGUAAGGAUAUCAUAGGACUUGCAGAGACAGGCUCUGGUAAGACUGGGGCAUUUGCUAUCCCUAUACUACAGGCAUUGCUAGCAAAUCCACAGAGAUUGUUUGCCCUUGUCAUGACACCCACUAGAGAACUUGCCUUCCAGAUAAGUGAACAGUUUGAGGCACUGGGAUCAACCAUAGGCAUAAAAUGUGCGGUAAUCGUAGGUGGUAUAGACAUGAUGUCACAAUCCCUGCUGUUGGCCAAGAAACCACAUGUGGUUAUCGCCACACCAGGAAGAUUAGUUGACCACCUAGAGAACACAAAGGGUUUCAAUUUGAGAUCUCUGAAAUAUUUGGUCAUGGAUGAAGCUGACAGGAUACUUAAUAUGGAUUUUGAAGCUGAGCUGGAUAAAAUAUUGAAAGUUCUCCCGAGGGAGCGUAACACAUAUCUCUACUCUGCCACAAUGACCAAAAAGGUACAAAAGUUACAAAGGGCCUCUCUCAAGGACCCAGUGAAGGUGGAGGUAUCCAGUAAAUAUCAGACAGUCGACAAACUUCAACAGAGUUACCUGUUCAUCCCUGUCAAAUUUAAGGACUGCUACUUGGUUUACAUUCUCAAUGAAUUGGCUGGCAACAGUUUCAUGGUCUUCUGUAGUACCUGUGCCAACACACAGAGGGUAGCACUGAUGCUUCGUAACCUUGGAUUCACAGCAAUACCACUUCAUGGCCAAAUGUCACAGUCAAAGCGACUAGGAUCCCUGAACAAGUUUAAAGCAAAGAACAGAUCUAUUCUCAUAGCAACAGAUGUGGCCAGCAGAGGUUUGGAUAUCCCUCAUGUAGAUGUUGUGAUCAACCUAGACAUCCCCACCCACUCCAAGGACUACAUACAUAGGGUUGGAAGAACAGCCAGGGCAGGUAGAUCGGGGAAGGCUAUCACUGUUGUAUCACAAUAUGAUGUGGAGUUAUUUCAAAGAAUUGAACAUUUAAUUGGCAAAAAGUUACCCUUAUAUGAAACAGAGGAACAGGAAGUGAUGUCAUUAAUGGAGCGUGUGACAGAGGCUCAGAGAUAUGCUAAGAUGGAGAUGAAUGAGAGCCAUGGUAAGAGAGGGAAAAGAAAGCCUGAUGAAGACGACACUGAAGAAUCUACAGGUUUUAGAAAGAAAAUGAACUCUGGGAAAAUGCACUCAGGAAAAACGAACUCUGGUGGAAAAUCAAACUCUGGUGGUAAAUUCAAAGGGAGGAAAAAAUAUUAAAAUAGAAGAACUUAUAUAUGGAAAUAGAAUGCAGUGAUGUGUACA